AUAUGUGUUAUAGACUAUGGUGUUGACAUUCUGACGGCUGACGGGUUUCUCGAUUUAAUAUUACGUACCAAUAAAAUGGAAGUUGCUGCGGAUCUUUAUGAUAAUUUUAUGUUGUACAUCACACCAGAAAAAUUUUAUAUCGAAGCUGUCUCGGGAUCGGAGAUUCUUGUGAUUGACAGGGUUAACCAAGAAAUUAGUCUUCAAGCCAACCAUGGACAGAUACCACCAACAUCGAGCAGCAAGCCGAUAUGCGGCAUAGUGGGGAUCAUCAGGUUGGUAGCCGGCCCCUACCUGGUGGUCAUCACGAAGAAGACUAGGGUGGGCGUCAUCAACGGACAGGCGAUAUGGCAAGCCACGCAGACGGAAAUGUUGUCGUAUCCCCGGACCGUCUUGCAUUUGACAGAGAAACAGAUGCUGCAGAACAGGCAGUACGAGGCCAUGAUAGACCUUGUUCUGAAAACGCCACACUUCUACUUCUCGUAUUCCUUUGACCUCACCCACACACUGCAGAGGUUGCACAACACAACACCGGAGUUCCUGCAGAUGCCGCUCCACGAGAGAGCAGACAUCAGGUUUGUCUGGAACGCCCACUUGAUGCGGGAGCUGUCGAGCAAGCCUGAGCUAUAUCGCUUCUGCCUGCCCCUUCUACAUGGAUUCAUCGCCAGCACGCAGGUGUCCUUGAACGGCUGUGUGUUCACUUGGAGCGUUGUGUCGCGCCGAUGCUGCUUCCGGGCGGGCACACGCUUCUUCGCGCGCGGUGUUGACUCGGAGGGGAACGUUGCCAACUUUGUAGAGGUGGAGCAGAUUGUGGAGUACAAUGGAGACAAGGGUUCGUUUGUGCAGACUCGAGGCUCCUUACCAUUGUUUUGGCAGCAGUUGCCAAACUUGAGGCUGAAGCCUAAACCUUUGUUGAUCACCACCGAGAACCAUGUUGAAGCUUUUUCGAUGCACAUGAACACCCAGAUAUUCCACUACAGCAAGCAGGUCCUCAUAAAUCUGGUUGACCACAGAGGGGCAGAAGAACCGUUGGAAAAAGCAUAUGCAGAAGUGGUCAGCAAGUUGAACAACAACAACAUAAGGUACGAGUCGUUCGACUUCCACCACGAGUGCCGCAAGAUGCGGUGGGACCGGCUGUCGAUCUUGAUCGACCGGCUGGCGCACGAGCAGGACGAGUUCGGCUUCUUCCUGAUGACCAAGGACGGCACGCUGGUGGGCCAGCAGGACGGGGUGUUCCGCACCAACUGCGUGGACAGCCUGGACCGGACCAACGUGGUGCAGAGCAUGCUGGCCCGGCGCGCGCUCGUCGCCAUCCUGCAGAAGCUGCACGUGAUGAAGCCUGGGGAGAGGCUGGAGGACCACGCGGUGUUCACGUUCCUCUUCAACAAGGUGUGGUCGGACAACGCGGACGUGCUGAGCGUGCAGUACUCGGGCACCAAGGCCCUGAAGACGGACUUCACCCGCACGGGCAAGAGGACCAAGUGGGGGCUCUUGAACGACGGCAUCAACACGCUCGUGCGCUACUACAAGAACAACUUUGCGGACGGCUUCAGGCAGGAUGCCAUUGACCUUUUCUUGGGUAAUUACGUGAUAGAAGAAGGAGAAGGUGUUAUCAAACCAUCACCGUUGGAUGUUGAGAAGGGCUGGAAGUACAUAACAUUCCCUGUGGUUCUACUUGUAGCUGUGGCCAUGUUUGGUGCAAAUGUCAUCACUCCUUCAGAGUACACAACAGAAAGUCUGCUGUACCUGUUGUUCUGGGGUGCGAUGGUGGCCGUGACGUUUGGCACGAUAAUGAUCUACGGUUCGGAGUUUGUCGACUACCCGAAACUUCGAGACAUCAGGAAAGCUAUGUUGGUAGAGUGAACGAGUCACUGGAGGAAAGUGUUUUGUUUUUAAAAAUUCUCAAGUUUAUCUGACGUGCAUCGUCAGUGUCCACAGUUGUUAAAAAAAUUCCAUUUACGUAGUCUGUUACAGUUACGUGAUCCAAACUUGACUGUUGAAAGAACAGUUCUUAACUUAUUAAAUAACUAAUAACUGUCCAUAUUAUGGGACAACGGUAGAACCUUGAUUUUGCAUUGCCCUCAAUUACACUAGUAUUUUUAUUUUUGACUCACACCCUAUGUUAAUAAAACAUUCCAUUCCUCCUAUUCACACCUCAAGGAAAUAUGGCAUCCCUUUAAAACAAACUAUCAAUGUUUUAUUUUUGAUUGUAGAUACGAAGGUAUACUCUUAUAGAAGCCUUAAGCUCUUAUGUGUGCCAGUGACAAUGGCAAUCUCAUCAUGUAAUGAAUAAUUUUGACAUUUCUGCUAGUAGCAUAAAUAUAAUAUCUACUGUUCUUACAAUUUUUUUUUUUAUUUAGAGAUACAAACAAUACUGUCAGAUGCAGGAAAUUAAUUUUUUUUUCCAAAGAUAUUAUUCCAAAACAAUGCUGAGAUGGUUCAGAAUGGCAUAUAGUUUUAUAGAAAAACUGUAUUAAAGAAAAUAAAUUAUAUGAAAAUAAGUAUUUUUUCUCACACUGCCCUUUAAUUACUCCAUUUUACCUCUCACUUAAAAUAUGUGAAAUAGGGGUUCUAAAAAUUUUGACUCAACUCUUUGUAGAUAAAAGUCAUACAUCUUCGAUACAUUUUUCAAGUAGAUUUAUUUAUUUUUAGUGUUUUGUCACAUGCAGAUUUUAAUGCAUUUUUGUUUUCUUGGACUUCUGUGCCUGAAGUAAAACUGUGAUAUACAUAUUUAUACAAUUUUUGUUAUUAGUGGUUGUAUUUAUUGAUUUUGUUUAUGUAAACACAGUUCUAUAUUGUACAUUUAUGUACAUUAAAGAAAAUAAAUUAUUACUUCUACUUACGGAAAGGACAAUGGUUAUAUAUUAUACCUUGGUAUUUUUUAAGUUACAUAUUAUUUAGAUUAUGUUUUUGGUGGAUAAGUAAUGUACAAUGAUUAGCUUUGGUUACCCAGAAUAGUAUAAAUAGGGUGUUAAUGUGAUAGGUCAUUGUUAGGGCCCCACUUUCAUGGUAAAUAAAAUUAACAGAUUUCGUCAUAAAAAUAUCUUGAUUUCGUCAUAAAAAUAGUCUCAUUUCGUCAUAAAAAACUGCUCUCUAAAAUCAUGGAGAAAAAUGUAAAAAUACAAAACCAAUACAUAAAAAUAGAAACCAUACUACAAUCAUAAUCCUUAAAUUAUACGAAUGAUUUUGAGUUCCAUAAAAGUAAUUUUAACAUUAUCAGAGUUUAAAAAUCAUUAAAAGAAUAGGCCUACAUGAAUAAAAGACAUGUUUCCAGAAUUGACAAUUCAGUCUCCUAAAGUAUUUGGAAUUUCUUAUCUCCGCCGGGUUUAAUGAAAAGAGGAAGUUAAAGAGCAUAGAAUAAAAGUAUUUUCGAAAUUUUUAUUUUUUUUUUUUUAAUAAAUAUCGCCCAACUAUGAAAAUUAAAAAAUUCGAUAUCUCCUUAUAAAAUUAAGUAUUUGAAAUUUCUUAUCCCCGCCGGGUUUAAUGAAAAGAGGAAGUUAUAGAGCAUAUAAUAAAAGUAUUUUCGGAUUUUUAACAUUUUUUUCGCAAAUACCGCUUAACUACAUAUUUACCGCCUUCACUUUAAAAUUCGAGUGCACGAUCGAAAACAGUCACUACUUUAGGCUUUUUGAGCAUACAAGGCUUACAUUUACAAAAAAUAUCUUUCAUACGAAAGCGUCACGAUCUAUGUAAACAAUAACAUAGACUUGCCUUUGUUCUUAUUCUCCUCGUGACAUGGCCGUAGUAGUAAUCUGUGCAGCCAGAGAUUAACUCACACGUUUUACAAAACAUUUUUCGCAGGCGGUAAUUUCAUUUUAAGGUAUCGAUUCUCAUAUUAAAUAAACCGUAAAUGGGACCGAGUCGUAUGGAAAUGUUAAACUGAUGAAAUACAGGAAGAAAACUAUGAUUUUAAGCGUAAACGUGAUAGCGAAGUAUACAACUCGAUUCUUGAAUCGAUACUUUCGAACUCAAAAAACGUCUCGCAAAAGUCGUAUUUAUACAGUUGGUACCGAAGCCAUUAUGUUUGUUUUGAUAAAUGAACGAAGAUGAAAAGUGGUUAAUAAAGUAGUCUUUAGGUGGGAAAUUUGUGUUUAGGAAUCUGUACUGAUUAUUAAAUGUUGUCUAUGUUGUUAUUAAUUUAAUUGACCUUUCCAGUCAAAAAAUCGUGUACAAGUAAGCAGAUUUCGGGUCAAUUUCGCGAAAAGGGUUUUUUGUGUGUAAUUUCGUGUUUUAAUUAAAAUUGCUAACAUUUCGCGUUAUUUCGCUUUAUUUCGCGGUUCGUGAAAAUUUCAGUGCCCUAGUCAUUGUUUUACCACUCAAAGUUAUUUAAACUGAAACCUUACUAGUAAAAAUGUCAUUAGUACAAUUUUUGUUACUGUCCCUAUAAGAGCCCGUCUACAAUAGUCCGAACCUGUGUGUGGUCCGUGUCCUUAUCCGAAUGUGAGUGACGACACAUUGUCUUACCGAAAACUGCCCUGUCCACAAUUGCGAUGUCCGAAUGUAUUGAUUUUAAAGUUGUUACCAGAGCGCAGUAAAUGUGCCAAACCAAAUGUUUUUUGUUUAUUGUUUUGAUGCUUUGUAGUUUGAGAUUGAUCUUAUGAAAGUUGUGGGAGUUCAAUAUUAUAUAUUUGUUCAAUAAGGCAAAAUGGCUCUUCUUGACUUACAACACCCUUCCAUUUCCUUCAGUAACAAAAACAGACACCACGUUUUCAAACGGGAAUCGGAAAUUAAAAUAUCGUGAGUGUUCUGUUCUUUUUUUGUGUCCGAAGUACACAGGUUGGGACAAAAAGUUCAAAUUGACGAAUGUCUUGGGACAAGGUAGGUUCGGACCUUCGCCCACUUGACGCAUGACGUCAGAGGGUCACGUGGACCAAUCAGCCACGAGUGUCCUUCGGACACAGUUUAGGACAUUGUUAUUGUAGACGGGCCUUUAAUGACAGGAAUAGGAGUGGCAAUGCUAAGCAGCUUGAUAUAAAAUAUUGUUAUGUAAUAUAAAGUUAUGUAAUUUUUAUCCACAGGGAAACAAUUACAUGUGUAAAAGAAAUAUGGGUUAUUACAUCCACAGAGAUGAAAAGAAUCAGUAUUUAGUUUUAACUAAAAUAAUAUCAUCUCCUUGGUUUAGUAGAGCAUAGAAAUAAUGACUUAGGAGUUCAUACAAACCAAUGGUAAUUUUUUUUGAAACUUGUGUAUUCUGUGGUGGUAAAUGGCUUAAGAGUAACACAAUAUUUUUUUGGCUAUCUGAAGUUUAUGUAACUAAAAGUGAACACACACUUAGAACCAUAUAUAAUUAAGUGCAGGUUUCCUUAGAGUACAUUCUGGCACUUCUUAAGAGUGUUAUGGAUGUAGUAUCCAAAAAAAUAUGUAUUUUUACAUUUGAAUUUUUGUGUGAUAUGUAAUAUUUGAGAUUGGGAAUUCAAUUGUAGGCAUUUCCUGGCAAUUAUUACAUAAAUUAAAAAUAGCCUAACUUUACAAAGCUUAUCUACUUAAGAGUUCCCAGAAUAUUGAAAAGCAGUUGCAUAUACUUUAAAAAUCUGCAUAUUGAUUCAUAAAAUUACACCUGUUUUGAAACAAAUUGCAAUCAGAGUUUGUAAUAAAUCUAUAAAUAAGGCCACUAUUUUUGGAUUCAUUGGGUAGCAAAGUGGAAUGCUUCAUGUUCACCAUCAGACAAGUGUUCUUGAACUUGAGGCUGUUACAUUCAAAGAAGUACAUAUAGUAACCCACCAAAGGCUGCGAUCUUUUAACUGACCAGUGACCACACUCAUAAUACUUGGAUUAUACAGGUAAGUUGAGUGUAGCGUAAGAGUGAAAUUAAUCUGUAAAAUAAUCAAGACUACCUAUGAAUUACUGUAAAUAACUGUUUAGAAGUUUCUGAAGGUACCUACUUAGAAUUAAGAUUUACUAACAGGAAGUUUUAUUAAAAGGGUAAAAUUGUGUUUAUUAAUUCACCAGGUGCUAAAUUUUUUUUUGAACUUAUAAUCUUGGAAAUUUUCUUAACAGGUUUUUACUGGAAUUAGUAUUAGAUGAAUAAAAUCAGUUUAACCACUAGAAUAGCUGAUGUAGAACUGUGUGACUAUACUUAAGAUGGCAGCAGUGACUUACAAGCUGCAAGCGAUAAACCUCGUGUUCUCAGUACGUACAAUCCAAGAAGUGUUAACUGGAAGAUGGACCACCAACGAGCAACUAAGUGGUGCAAUAUGGUACUUCUGUGCUUGCAGUUUUACACUUGCCACUUCACCGUAGUGGUCAUUAAUUCGCAAAAUAUAUAAGUAAAAUAUGUUGUUCUGCAACUUACAUCCAAUGUUUUCUUUCUUAUAUUACCUUUUUCAUUCACUCUUGGUGCAAACUGUUGCUUAUUGCUUACCAUCUUUUUUUGUGUAAUUGUCGCACCUAUAUUUUAGGCCGUCAAAAUUGUGAUAAAAAAACUUUUAUCGUAAACGUCGCAUGUUGUUUUUGGUCCCGCUAUUAUAUCCCGAGCGCUUUGUGUAGGUAUCGUUUCCGUAUAAAACAAUGUAUUUUAAAUUAGAAACCUAAUAUUUAUUUGGGCAUUACCACUUAUUUAAUUAACGGAAAUACGAAGUUGUCUGACGUGUAAAUUUUCUUUUAAAGACUUUUUAAACGUUAUUUCGUUCAUCUGAUCGUCUGCGUCGCUGCGGUGUACCGGUGUAGGUAUCUGUUCCGUAUAAAACUAUGUAUUUUAAAUUAGAAAUCUAAUAUUUAUUCGGACAUUACCACUUAUUUAAUUAAUGGAAAUACUAAGUUGUUUGGCAUGUAAAUUUUCUUUUGAAGACUUUUUCAACGUUAUUUCCUUCAUCUGACCGCUUAUAAACAUGUAGCCAGCGAUAGUUGGCGUUAUUCAUGUUUGGUUGUGUUGCUUCCCGUACAGAGCGUGUGCACGUAGUCUAAUAUCGAUAUCUCGCCGAUGCAUGCAACGCGCGCUCUCUGUCAGGUGCCGAGUUAACUACAAUUAAUGGCACGCACUCUUUCGUGGCAAGCGUGUAUUAUGACAGUUACGCGUUAGUUCACGUAAUAUUGUAUUCAAGUGACUUGCGUUCGCAUCACAGAUUUUGUUUUUCUAUUUAAAGUGGAAGAAAGGUUUUUUUUUUAAUGAAUUAUUAAUAUAAAUUGUUUGGCGUGCUAUUGUAUACUCCACCAUUUAAAUAAAUGUACUUUCCAUGAACGGGUUUUUCUUUUAUGAAUAACUUUACCUAAAAAAAAAAAAAUUUUCCCGCAUAAUCGUCGUACCCCUACUUUUCAAACUUGAUUUUAGAAUAAAAUGUACUACGAUUAUGCGAGAAAACACGGUAAUAACAUGUUAAGUUCAACAAUACAAUAGCUGCCAGUUAGUUGUGGGCCUGAUGCACACCAGUAAAAUCAACAUGUCAAGGGGGAGGGGGAGAGAGAAAAACAGGUUUAUGUAAUGUGCAUAAUGGGAAAAGAACUGCAGAACAAAGCAAGAUGGACAGAUCCAGGUGGGAAAACCGGCCUUUGAAGUGUAUCGAGUGACUUGGAUGACUGUUCUCCCUUAUAACCUCUGCAGUCCAUUACCACUAACCAAGCACUAUGACUAUCAUAUUGAAAAUGGUUCAGAUGCCCAUAUAAGUUAGUACCUACUCCUCUCCCCCUGUGACUACACAACUUGUUCAUGUUUCAUAAUCUUCACAGUUUGCCUGCUUGAAACUGCUUUUAAUCCUUCCCUCCUUCCGCCAUUCAUAAAAACUGAAUGCAUCAUUUUUUUCAAAACUUUUCCAAGUGGUGGUAAUAAACAAACCACAUUUGUAUUACAGAGUUUGUGGUAUGAGCAUCAAUAUUUCAGUUUUCGAGUGUUUCCUAAAACCAUUCCUGAUCAAUGGUUGGUUAGUUUUCCUCCAUCAAAUUAUAAUUAAAAAUAUGUUUCAAUGAGCUUUUACUUAAAAAUGAUUAGCUUUUGUUGCAAAUAUAGGUCAAGAGGAAAUAAAUAGAUGAUUAUAUUGAUUCUUGCAUUGCAGAUGAAAUAUAAUUUCUAGUUUUAUUUUUCCAUCACAAACUUAGUAGAAAAAUUCAAAGAAAUAAAUCACAGCAACCUUCUACUCAGUAGUGAAAAAAAAAUAACCUCCUAGCAAAGGUGGCACAAAAAAUUUUACGAAUAUGAUCCUUGCUCUUAACCACAUCAAUAAAGUUUCUGUAGAUAGUGGUCCUUUAGAAGAGUGGAUUGUGCAAGUGGUGGUAAAAGUACUAGAAUAGGUGGGACUUCAAGUAGUUCCGUACCACUCGGCCCAAACAGACCUGUUCCAGCACGGCUUGCAGGUUUAGGCAUCUAGAUGAAAACUGUCUUGCAGAAUCACAUUUGUUGAUUUUAUGGAAGAAUUUGAACUGAACAGUAACUAAUGAUAUUUAUAAUAAAUAUUUAUAACCACUGGACUGAGACAGUACCGGUACGUUGAAACAGAUUGAUAUUGGAGUGUGUUGGCCGAUAUUGACAAUAUUUAUCUGAAAUAUCUAAAAAAAAAAUAAUUUCAGAUACUUGAACUGAUACCACUAUUUCUAAUCUUUAUUCUGGAAAAGUCAAGCUUUUUAAUUGAGAAAAAAAAAUUAAUUUAACAGCAACAUUAAGACCUUAUUUCAAAAGAGGUAAAAAAAUCAGUAAAAAAUAAAUUUGAGCCCACGCCGCUUUCAAUUAUAAAAAUGGUUUUAUUUUAAAAAUGGUUCACCUCCACAAAAUGGACGGAGAUAUUUCAACUGUCUCAAUUGCAGAAAUAUUCUAACACUCUAUAUUGAACACACUGCAUCUCUAAAUGAACAUAUUUGGAAGCGUACCACUAGUGACAUGAGGCCAUUGAUAACGCAAAGAUAAUUAUUUUCGUGGCCAGCUUCUUUCAAGUAAGGUGGUCUCAAAAUAUUAUGUAGUAGACAGAGUAACAGCGGAAAUCCUAACUUUUUUUGUGAUGCGUGGUUCGACAAGUGCAAAUACUAUGGGAAAACUAGCUCGUGACAUCACUGGUGACCUUCAGCCCGUGUGUAGCUUAUGGAGUCCAUCAAGCAUUGUUCCCUUUUCUGUGCACCUCGCGUUUGUUCGUUCUUGUGAAAAAAUAUAUUUGUAAAUUACCAAUAUUGUAAACAUUAUUAAAUACCAUCUAGACUCCUCGUGCAAUUAUGAAGUAGUAUCCUUCUGUUUGUCUGUUCUGACAAGGGGAAGCUACAACGUUUGGAUCGCUGAUUUUAUUCUAA